AUGCCCGCGCCCAUAGGGAAGGAGAGGACAACAAAGAAGCCCGCACAACGGCACGAGCAGCGCCGCCGUCGCCGCCGCCGCCGCCACCCCCAACCCCCCUCGCCGGCGAUGAGGCCACUGGAAGACGACGACCUGCUCGGCGAGAUCCUCGUCCGCCUGCCCCCGCAGCCCUCCUCCCUGCCCCGCGCCUCCGCCGUCUGCAAGCGCUGGCGCCUCCUCGUCUCCGACCCAGGAUUCUCCCGCCGCUUCCGCAUCCACCACCGCCGCAGCCCUCCCCUCCUCGGUUUCUUCCGCAGAAAUGACGCCCUGCCCUUCGUACCCACUCUCGACGCCCCGGAUUGUGUCUCCCGCGGUCGUUUCUCCUUGCAGCGCGGCGACGGCGACCAGUUCAUGUCCCUCGGAUGCCGCCAUGGCCUGCUGCUCGUCUUCAACAAACCUAAGAACCAGAUCCUGGUGUGGGACCCCGUCACCGGCGACCAGCACCGCCUUGACGUGCCACCGGGGGUUGCGGUGCAUGCAGAGAAGACAACGAUCAACGGGGCGGUGCUUCGUGGUCGUGCCGCCGGAGACGAUGCCCAGCACUUCAAGGUGGUGUUGGCAGUGGCAGACAACGACGACGAGCAACACCAUCGAGCGCUUGCGUGCGUUUACUCGUCAGAGACCGGCGCGUGGGGUGAUCUCGUCUCAACACAGCUUCCACCUGAUGUUCUAAUGAGUGAUGCUCCCACCUUGGUUUCUACUGACAAGCCUGCUGUGCUGGUUGGGGAUUCCUUUUACUGGAAGCUUACUGGGAAUAUGGAUGGAAUUCUCAAGUUCGAUUUGGAGAAGCAAAGCCUAGCUGUGAUACGGGUGCCGGUGCAUAUCCUUGAAGAGGGCCAAUACAUGUUCUUGAUUAUGCGGGCAGAGGGUGGGGGCCUUGGUUUACUCAUCCAGACAGACUGCAGCAUCCAACUGUGGAAGAUGAAGACUGAUUGUGAUGGUGUUGCUUCAUGGGGGCUUGGAAGAACCAUUGAAUUGGACAAGCUACUUUCUCUGAAUUCUGAGGAGACUGACAUGUUGAUACCAGGGCUCGAGGAGGAAAAUAAUGUGGUAUUCGUGUGGACAGAUCACAUCGUCUUUACGGUCCAUCUUGAGUCAAUGAAGUUCAAGAAGCUUUCUGGAACCUACCCCCUUUCUCAUUAUCAUCCAUUCAGAAGUGUCUACGCUGCAGGUAUCUAGGAUUGAAUUCCGGUGGCCGAGAUGCGGAAAAUGGUUAUGGUGCUGUAGGUUCUUCCAAUUUCUAUGCUGUUCACGGGGUCUGUUAUGUGCUAUACCCGUAACUUGGCCCUCUGUGCUGGCCUUUGCAAACUUACCUGUCUAUCAUCUAUGUUCUGUAUGAGGACACCGUGACUUGCUUGGAUUAACAAUUAGUGUUGGUUUACUCUUGCGGUUCAUUUGCUUGGUGCCUUUUAAGCAAGCCCGCCAAGGCAAGCCCACCUGUCAGUUGUACCGUUUGCUUGUGUCUCAUGUUGUGUCAGGUUGAGGUUUCAGGUUGUAGGUUGCUUAUGACAAUUAAAUAAUUGCCGUGUGUUGCAUAUGACAAUGUAAAAGGAAAAUGUAUGCGUGAGGCGCUCUGUUAGGGAAUGGCAACCAGAUUGUGUGGGUUGGCCAUCUACCUCAGUUUGUACUGAAUCUGU